GUUUGUUCAGGCCUUUUAUCGAAAAUAUUUUUCUGCAGCUGUGUUGGAAAGAAAGGAACUGGAGUUCAUGAAUUUGAAACAAGAUGACAUGACAGUUGAUGAGUAUCAAGCUAAAUUCAGUUCUCUUAUGAAGUUUGCUCCUCACCUUGUCAAUGAUGAAGUUAGAAAGGUAAGGAAGUUUCAAAGAGGGUUGAAAGCUUCCAUUAGGAACAGGGUGGUUCCUCAAAUGCUAAAGACUUAUGAUGAGGUCUUGGCCACGGCUCAAAUAAUUGAGCAAGAUAUGGAGGAGCAAAGAAUGGAGACUCAUGACUCAAAAGGCAAGGGAAAGGCUAUCAACACCCAGCCUUUCAACAAAAAGCCUGAACAAAGGGGAAAAAGGAAGAUCCCCGAAAGCAACCGACCAAGUUUUGAUCUUUGUAAGAGGUGCGGUAAGAACCAUGGGGGAAAAGAAUGUUAUUGGCAGAUUGGGGCAUGUUUCAAGUGUGGGAAGACUGACCACUUGAUCAAGGAUUGCCCGGUUCUCAAGGGAGCAAGUCAGCAGCCAAAGGAUCAAGAUAAUAAGAAGCCCAGGGUUCAAGGAAGGGUUUUUGCCAUCACGGAACAACAAGCUCAAAACACUCCUACAGUUAUAAAAGGUAAAAUACCUAUCUCUUCUGGGAAUGCCCAUGUGUUGAUUGACUCUGGAUCUACCCACUCAUUUGUGUCACCUAAGUAUGAGCCAUUUUUGCAUGUGGAGCCUGAGACCCUUGAUUGUGUGCUUGUGGUGAAUACUCCUUCUAAGGAGGUUUUAGUAUCAAAAACCAUUUAUAGAUCUUGUAGAGUUAUGGUAGAGGGUAGAGUUUUGUUUGCCGAUCUGAUUUUGUUAGGUAUAGUGGAAUUUGAUGUCAUACUUGGCAUGGAUUGGUUGUCUACCCAUUAUGCUAUGGUUGAUUGUUAUGAGAAGGUGGUUACUUUCUCCGCUCCUAACCAGCCUGUGAUUCGGUUUGAAGGAGAAAAAGUUGGAUCAUUUCCAUUACUUGUUUCUUGCAUACAAGCUGAUAAGAUGUUGCAGCAUGAGUGUUAUGGAUAUUUGGCAUAUUUUUUUGAAUUUAAAGACAAGCCGGUGUCUGUAGAAGGAAUUUGGGUAGUGGAAGACUUUCCUGAUGUUUUCCCUAAGGAGUUGCCUGGUCUGCCUCCAAAUAGGGAGAUUGAGUUUACUAUAGAUCUUGUGCCUGGUACUGCACCAAUAUCCCAGCAACCUUAUAGAAUGGCCCCAGCAGAAUUAAUUGAAUUGAAAAAGCAGUUGCAAGAGCUUCUUGACAAGGGGUUCAUUAGGCUCAGUACUUCUCCCUGGGGUGCUCCGGUUCUUUUUGUGAAAAAGAAAGAUGGCUCACUUAGAUUGUGUAUUGACUAUAGACGGUUGAAUCAAGUCACCGUCAAGAAUAAAUAUCCUUUGCCAAGGAUUGAUGAUUUGUUUGAUCAGUUACAAGGGGCUUGUGUCUUUUCCAAAAUUGAUCUUAGAUCGGGCUAUUAUCAAUUAAAGGUUAAACCCGAGGAUGUGAUGAAGACUGCUUUUAGGAGCAGAUAUGGGCACUACGAGUUCCUAGUAAUGCCGUUUGGUUUAACCAAUGCCCCUGCAGCUUUUAUGGAUCUUAUGAAUAGGAUCUUUCAGCUGUACUUAGAUAAGUUUGUCAUUGUCUUCAUUGAUGACAUUCUUAUCUUUUCUCCUGAUGAAGAGAGCCACAAGAGCAUCUGGCCAUUGUAUUGCAGAUUUUGCGAGAAAAUAAGUUAUAUGCCAAGUUUGAUAAGUGUGAGUUUUGGCUGAAUCAGAUUAGUUUUCUGGGUCAUAUUGUCUCGAAGGACGGCAUAUCAGUUGAUCCUAGUAAAGUGGAAGCAGUUGUGAAGUGGGAAAGGCUGACUAGUGUCACCGAAGUGCGGAGUUUUCUUGGACUAGCAGGAUAUUAUCGAAGGUUUGUGGAGGGAUAUUCAAAGAUUU